GCCAUUUAAAUGCUUUAAAUACACGUAUUGUCUUUUUUUCCCCUACCGUUAUACACUAAAAUGUGUCGUUCUUUAAAUAACUAGGACUCUGUUCAUUCCCCUUAAAGGGUCCGAAUACGCUGUUUUAAACUCUCUCUUUUGCCAAGUUGUGCCUUCUCGUUUUCCGUAGUUAUUCGCAGUCAAGCUAGUUUGCAAUGUUGGCUGGACAUCCUUGUAGGGACUUGUUCAUUUCGACCUGCUGUGCUAAAUUAAGGUUGAAGAACAUGGUCGUGAAUCUCUGCCUACCACACUUCAACACAAACAUAAGCUGCAACAAGUUGUGUGCAGAUGGAUACGAUGUCACAAACCUUCUAUCAGCGGACCCUGCUCACCGGAGACGGGGCUUCAAGCUGGAGUACUUUUUACGUCCUCCGGUGCAGGUGACGUUAAGGUUCGACUUUAAGGUGGAGCUUUGCAGAGUGGAUGUGGAGCUCUGGCCCUGGGGAAUGGAUCGGGGACAGUGCAGCAAGAGACUAGAGAUCAGCACCAGUUCUGAGCCACCACCUCUACAGAAUUUUGGUAAGGAUCAAGUUCAAGAUGGACUCCAGACGCAGGUACAUCUGGAUGGGAAGUGGAGUCUCCAGGCUCAAAGACGAAGGGAGGAGAAUUUGAAUGUGCCUCAGCAAGGGGCUCAUACUCUACCCGGAUGUUCUGAGCAUGCCUUUAAACUUGUGGGCCGUUGUGAUCUCAGGGAGGAAACCAAAGUUACUUUUUCUCGUUGUCGUUUUCAUCCACGGCCCCCCUUCACUUCACCUCCUCCUGCUCAACCCGAGGACGCUCACAGAGAGGAGUUGCAGAGCCGAGGACACCUUUCUCUGACCUCCGUCACACAGCUCCGCGUGACGCUACCUUUUGGCGGCGCUGCGUCCGCUAUGGGUCUCAAGGCUUUAGCGGUGUGGGGGCAACCAGCCCGUUGCUGCCCCCUGGAGGAAGUUGAGAAAAUUGAGCACGCCCACAAGGCCAAUCAAAAACCGCUACCCAGACCUGUCCCUGCUGUCAAUCAAAUUAAAGAUACCUCUCAGGACACACCUCCAUGUGUUCAAUCCCGCACUUCAAUCCCAGAGGAGUUCCUUGAUCCUAUUACGCAGGAAGUAAUGGCGCUUCCGAUGUUGCUUCCGAGUGGCAUGUCUGUGGACAGCAGCACCCUGGAGGAGUACCAGAAGAGGGAAGCCUCCUGGGGGAGACCUGGAAGCGACCCAUUCACCGGCGUUCCCUUCACAGCCAGCUCUCAGCCUCUCCCUAAUCCCCAACUAAAAAGACGAAUUGACCUUUUCCUCUUGCAUAGUGGCUGCUCACGGGACGGGACGACUGGGAGACAAGGGCUGAGCGAAAAGCCGCAAGCUUCAAGGCUGAUAAACUCUUUGGCGACAAACCCAAACCACUCUUUAGUGGCUGCCGCAGAAGAGAAGCCCACAUUGGGACAGUUGUCAGAUUACAGAAAAGUUUCACUGGACUGUAAGCGUCAUGAAAAAAGCACGACUCUGGAGCUUGAUGAAGGGAAGAAACGACACCUGAGCGGAUCAGGAGCUAACAUGCAGCAAUUACUUCCUCAGAAUAAGCGACCAAGAAGUGACACCUCAGGGCCAAGCAGCAGCAGUUCGCAUGAAACACGUCUGACAGCCAGCCUGGAUGAUGCCCUCUUCUCCGUCUUAAAGGGGCGGCCCUCCUUCACGUCUAACUUACCUGUACAGGGGUCUUCCUUCCAAGGCACUCAGUCAGUGGCAGCCUCAACCCAAUGUCAGACCACUGCUCCUAGGGCGACAGACGAGACGACAUGCUCUUCCUGUGCUUGCACCCUUUCCUUGUACUCGAAGGCACCAUCAGCCGUUUACCAGCUGCUUUGCGGUCACUUGCUGUGCCGCUCUUGCCUGCAAAAUAAUUUGGCACCCUUGCCAAACUCUGUCACCACGACGACAGCCUCCGCCCACAUCCUGUGCUCUGCCUGCAGAAGCCCCACGUCUCGCGCCGACAUUAUACGUGUGCAUCACUAGCCUUCCCAGAGACAGUGCGAAGAAUAAAUCUGCUCUCAAGGCUGAAGUAAAGAAAAUGUUUUUGUCCUUGUUCGUCACAACAUUCCAGGUGCAGAGAGGACGUCAGGAUGUACUGCGUAAAAUAGUUUUGAAAAAAAAAAAAAAAACGUAUAGAAAUACAAAUACUGCCCUCUCACUUUUCUUGUCUUCACUGAGUGUUGCAGCCUUGGUUCAGCGGCUUGUGGUUGUACAAAGACGCCUGAGGACAGUGUGCGGAAAUAGCCAAAGGGUAAAUGCAGAAAAAGUGAAGAAUGGGGACUAAGGUUUUCAUGAUCACCUGAACAUCUUGUGCCACACACAUUCCUUCUUCUCUUAUGGAUGUUUGCUGGGGAAAAAAUCAAGAUAUAAAAGUCUUCUAUAUCAAGAAAUGUGAAAAGUUAGUGUGUCCCCCUUUUUUUUUUUUUUUUUUUUUUUUUUUUAAAUUUACUGCAGUGAUCCCACGUUUUUCACGGUUAACGGGGAACAGAACCCGCCACGAUAAGUGAAAUACCACGAAGUAGCGCCCCCUAUGUAUUAUUCAGAUUUAGCAUUGAAAAGAGAUAUAUAUAUGGCGGAAAAAACAGACUAGACUGAAAAAGCAGUUUCUGCUCUUGCACUCUUCUUUAAAAGAAACUGCUGUAUAUUCAGCCAAAACAACUGUUGUGUUUGAUAGAACAAUAUGUCUAUAUGCUGCCAUAGCAGAUUCAUAGCGCAUUAAGCCCCCGAACUAUUUUUAAUUUGUCCGUUUUACCCUGGAAGCCCCCGUUUACAGACGUCGCGCAACCGCUUCUGUUUCAACCCACCCAUAAAACAAAGGUAAUUAAUGAUAUUUAUUAUACAAAAUGUCAUUUUU